AUGUUGUUAUUUUUUAUCUUAAUUAGAAUAAGUACUUCUCAAGAAUUCAAAGAUGAUAAUGAAUACUCCAAAUCAAAAUGGAAUACUACAAGUAAUGUUAAUAAAUUAUCAUCUUUGGAAAAUUCAGAGGAAGACGAAAUUGAUAUUGAAGAAUUGUUAUUUUAUUUAGAUGAUAAACCUAAUUCUUCAAAAAGUUCAUCCAAUAUUUUGCAAGUUACCUCUAUAGAUUCAUUAUCUUCAAAUUGUAAUUCAAAUGGCAUAAAGUCCAAUUUAGAAAAAGAAUUUAUUAAUUUAGAAAGUUCAUCCACUUGUUCAAAAAAUUUACCUUCUUAUUCACAAAAUAUGAUCUCAAAUAUAGAAGAUAUAAAUUCAGAUUCAGAAAAGGAAUUCAUCUAUUUACAAAAUGUACCAACAAAUUUACAAGAUUUACCUUCUAAUUCACAAAAUGUUAUCCCAUAUUUAGAAGAUAUAAACUUUGAUUUAGAAAAGGAAUUCAUCAAUUUACAAAAUGCACCAACUAAUUUACAAGAUUUACAUUAUAAUUUACAAAAUAUGAUCCCAUAUUUAGAAGAUAUAAACUUUGAUUUAGAAACGGAAUUCGUCAAUAUACAAAAUGAACCAACUAAUUCACAAGAUUUACCUUCUAAUUCUCAAGAUAUAAUCUCACAUUUAGAAGAUAUAAAUUAUGAUUUAAAUAAUGAGUUGCCUAAUUUUCAUGAUUUAAUUGCUAAUUCACAAGAUAUUUCUUAUAAUUUACAAAGAGAUACUCAGAAUAUGCAUAGUUUAACGCACAAUUUAAAAUAUUUUACUCCUCAGUUGCAAAACAUAGGCAAAAAUUUGUCAUAUAUAUCGCAUGAGUUAAAUAUAUUGUCUAAUGAAUCAGAAAAAUUAUCUUCCUUACGAGAUGACAGCUUUGACAUGCUAGAAGAAUCAGAUGGUUUUGAUUCUGAUUCCGAUUCUCAUUACAGUUUACAUUUGGAAAAUGAAUCUUCCUCUGACUCUAGUUCUGAUUUGGAUCCUGAUUAUUGUGUUAAACAAAAUAAAAAUACAUGUAAAAGAAAAUUUAGAGGAAAAACAAAACAUCCAAGAAAAAAGAAAAAAGUAUGUAGAAAAAGUAAGGCAAAAAGUCUCCGUGAUAAAAAUAAACGGAAUGAUUCAGAUAAUAGUAAAGAUUAUGUAGAAGAUGAAGACAUAUUCCAAAGUAUGAGAAAGUUUUUUAAAGUACUUGCCAAAUACGUUUUUAAAAUGGAAUUAAACCAAAUGUCCGAAUACGUAAUUCCAGCUUUUAGGGAUAUAUUUAAUGUAUUAGGUAAAAAUUACAAUGAAUCAAUAAAUUUGUUUAACUCUUAUACUUCUUCAUUGGAAGAACUUAUAGAAUGUGAACUAAAAAAUGUGAAUGAUAGAGUAUUAAUGAAAAUUAAGACUCAAUGUAAUGCUAUUAUUAAUAAUAAACAUAACGAUCCAAAGAAUGCUGUUGCGAUUUCUCAAUCAAUUUAUAGUAAAAUUAAGUGGUCUUUUUCUAAAAGAAAUGAAAUACGUGAUGCCUUAAACACAUGUAUAAGCAAUUUUAAUAAUUUAAAAAAAAAAAUUAUAUCUGAAAAUAAAAUAAUUAAUAAGUUACCAAAAAUAACGUAUGAUUUCACAUAUAAUCAUUUAACUUGUUUUAAAUCUAUAUAUACAUCAGAUCAUUGUUAUAAUUAUAAUCAAAUAUUAGAUUCUAUGGAAGAUUUUAUUAAUUACAUUGAAAUAUCAAUUAAAAAAGGUAUAAUGCCAGAUGAUUAUGUUAAGAUAUCUUAUAUAAGAAAAGGAAUAAUUUCAGUUACGAACAAUUUAAGAAACACUCAAAAAAUUUUAAAAGUAAGCUUAAAUCAUUUGAAGAAUUUGGAUUUAUCACCAAAAGAUCAUGAAACAAAAAUAAAAAUUAUUUUUCAUUUUGUUAAUGAAGUAAAUAAAAAUAAUAGUAAAAAAUUAGAAAAAAUGAUGAAAAAUCAUGGUCAAUUAGAAAUCAUAUAUGCUAUAUACGAUAUUUUAUUAAAAGAAGCAAAAUAUAUUUUGGAAUCUCGUGAUAGAGUCUCUCGAGUUUUUAACAUAAAUGUUAGUGAUUUAAAUUUAAAUAAAACAAGAUUAAAUAAAUUAUUAAAAAAUAGGGAUAUGAAAUUAAGAUUAUAUAAUCUAUAUAAAAAUAUUAUUCGACUAGUAAAGUAUGAAUCACUUAAUUAUCAAUUGAGUUUAAUUAAAUAUUUAUAUAUAUCAUUGAAAAAAUUGCUCUUAACAAGAAAUAAGAAGCUUAGAAUAAAAAAAGCAUUUAUGACAUCUAAUAAGCAGAGACAAAUGAAUUCAGAACUAAAAAAUAUAAAAAAACUAUUUAGAGAGGUUAAAUUAAAUGUGAAAUGCAGAGGUAUAUAUUCAAUGCUAAAGGAAAUUAUAUUAGAAUAUAGUAAAUUAUGGAAAUCUCUAGAAGAAAAUAUUGAUAGAAAUUUAUCAAUUCUUGAAACAAUUAAUAGUGUAAUUAAUGAUGAUUUAUCAAAAACCAAUAGAAAAAAAGGAAAUGAAGUUUCUAAUGAAGGUAUAUUAUUUCUGUUAUAUUAUGUCAAGGAAGCAAUGUUUAAAUAUUCUUAG